GUUGUUGUAAAUAGUACACAAACACAAAACAAAAAACAUUCUCAUCUCUAAAAACUUAAAGAUGGCUGCUUUGGCACUGACAUUGUUGUUUUUGGCAUCCCAGUUCAUGAAUCUUUGCCAUGGUGCUGGGAUCGCCACUUAUUGGGGGCAGCACGGUGAUGAAGGCACCUUGGCUGCCGCCUGUGCCACCGGAAACUACCAGUAUAUUAACAUUGCCUUCUUAACUGUGUUUGGCAAUGGCAGAACCCCUGAGCUAAACUUAGCUGGCCACUGCAACCCAAGCCUCCCUGGAAGUUGCAGUUGGAUAGGGGAUGAUGUUGUAGCUUGCCAGGGGCGGGGUGUCCAAGUGCUCCUCUCUUUGGGUGGCGGUGUGGGUACCUACUCGCUUUCUUCUGAGGAUGAUGCACAACAGGUAGCAACCUACCUCUGGAACAACUUCCUAGGAGGAUCCUCAGACUCACGCCCUCUCGGAAACGCAGUCCUCGACGGGAUAGACUUUGACAUCGAACUCGGCUCAGAACAAAACUACGAUGCCCUUGCAAGGGCACUCAGUAGUCACAGCACCCCUCAAAGGAGGGUAUACUUAUCAGCAGCACCUCAGUGUCCUUUCCCUGAUGCUCAUUUAAGUGAAGCCAUAAAUACCGGUCUUUUUGACUAUGUUUGGGUUCAAUUCUACAACAACGCGCCUUGUCAAUACGCUAACGGAAAUGCAGACAAUCUCCUAAGUUCUUGGAACACGUGGAUUACUGUGAAUGCUAGCAGAGUUUUUCUCGGAGUUCCUGCUGCACCAGGGGCUGCUGGUAGUGGGUUUAUUCCGUCUGAUGUUCUGAACACAGAGGUGUUGCCUAAUAUUAGGGGUUCUAUGAAGUAUGGUGGGGUUAUGCUUUGGUCUAGGUUUUAUGAUGAUGGGUAUAGUACGGCUAUCAGGGAUAGCGUCAAUGGCGGAUCCAGGAGCAGGAGCAGAAGCAGACUUCAUGUUUCUAUUUUUGGUAUCCCUAUAAUUGGCAACCCUUAACUCCUUAAGACCUUUUUUGUUAUCAACUUAUCAUUUUCCCAGUGCAACAUUUCAUUUGGUAGUGAAUGUUGAUGCAAUCAAGUUAUUUUCAUUGUUGUUUUAUCAGUUGCUGUGUAUCUGAAGUAAAGGCGUGUGCAGUGACUGUAGGAACAUAUAGAUGCAUAAAGCGGAAUUUCAGGAAACAAUUUCCUAACAUCUAUCACAGGAUCACAUGCAUAACAAUAAUAUAGAUCAGAUUAAGUCGAAAGAAUAAUCACCUUUGAAGCGUGUUCUCCCGUUCGUAUGCAAGCUUCGAAGAUCUUAGAGCCCCACUUGUUGCUCCUCUACUCAGUCCACAAGCACGAAUUGAAUCCCACGUAUGCUAGUACGGAAGAGAACGAUCACAAUCUGUCUCUUGCUUUGUUUGGGAUGUACGGCGUUUAGAGAAUUAGGGUUUUUGUGUUUUCCUUUUUGUCAGAUAUUGAAUGAACGUGAUUUCUAAAUCCCUGACAUUAUAACUAUUAUAAUGUGAGAGUUUUAGGUUAACACAAAACCAAGGCCCAACAUUCUUUCCCUUAAUAGACCGGUUGCCAUCGGGCCUUUUGGGCCCAUUCCAAUUAGUGCUUAUAUGUGUGACCUUAUAGGAUUAAAUUAUUUUAGUUGUAGGUCCAAUCAAUAUUGUCCUACUAAUCACAUUUAUUCUCUAGCAAGCAAAUAUGAUUACUAAAAUAAUUAACUUAUUAUCUUCAUAAUUAAUUCCUAUUUGUAUUUAGUAAUUGCCGGAAAUGUCUAAGGACAUAAUUCCUUCAAUCUCCCACUUGUCCGAAGACAAGAAGGCAAUGCUAAAUUCCUUAAGUCUCUUAAUGCCAAAAUUUGAUAACACACUGUUAUUCUCAAAUUCUAGUUUCUUGAUCGCCGAGUUCGAACUGUUCAAAUAAAGAUUAACAUUUUAAUCCCAUUCCGCAUGGCCAUGCAAUUUUUCAGUUCUCGCUCAUCAAGAGGCCCAGACACCAUUCCUAUCAAAUAGGAGGACUUAUUCACUCUUGUAUGACCAUAACUCCCACUCAAUUCUUAGCCCACCUGAUCACUGCUUUUAUAACCUCCUUUUACGGCGCGGCGUUUAACAGAGUCAAGGUUAAACUAAUUGUCUCAUGGUUAUUAAGACAUACUCAUGUCUAAGGAAU